CAGAAACCAAAAAGUAUGCCACAUACGCUGCUUUCAUAAAACAAAGUGAAACAAUGGACAACUUUGCAAAAUUGCCCGUGGAUUGCAUCUCUGAAAUUCUUUCCUUAACUUCGCCGGCGGAAGUAACCACCUUUUCUACCAUCUCUAAGCGUUUCAAAUCAGCAUCCGACUCCGAUACUGCUUGGAACAAAUUUGUGCCGUCAGAUAUUGACGACAUCAUUUCCAAAUCAUCCACUCCACCGCCCUUUCAGUUACCGCCGCCGUCCAAGAAGCAUCUAUUUCUCAGCCUCUCCGAUAAUCCGAUUGUCCUUGAUGCAGGCAAAAAGAUGUUUUACCUGGACAAGUGUUCUGGCCAGAAAUGCGUUAUGAUUGCACCCGCAGAGCUUGCUUUCUUUGGGACCAAUAAUAAUGUCCAUGACCUAACUAGCAGACCUGAACCAAAAGCCAGGUUCAAGGAGGUAGCAGAACUCAGAGUGUAUUAUGGUGUGUUUGACAUUUGUUUCAAAAUACCAAAUCAAAUGUUGUUAUCCAAGGAAACACAUUACUCAUGUUAUUUGAUGUACCAAGUUAUAGAUAAAUAUGAGGCGGAGAGUAAUGAAUAUAGUGAUUCAACCAUUGAAGCCCUGAAGGAUGUCCCUAUACUUGGAGAUAACAAGAGGGUCGAAAAAGACGGGUGGGAAGAGAUAGAAAUUAAAUCCUUCUUCAACAACGGAGCAAAUGGCGACGACGAUGAGCUACGAGUGUCUGUUGGUGUUGAUUGGUCUUAUGAGUUUAUUAUGGUUCAAGGUAUCGAGUUUCGACCUCGUAAUAUCGUGAGAAAAGAUUAUAGCAGCUGUUAUCCUGAUGUACUUUCAUCAUUGUUAGGUAAAUUCACAAUUGAUAAAUUUCCUCCAUGGAUGAUGGAAUCGAUGGAAGAGCUUUUCAAGGAUAUGAACGAUUAAGCUUCGUUUCAUGUGAUUUUUCUUUACACCAAAAACAAAGACUAGAGUGUUGCUUGUCUGAUUUGGAAUGGAUUUUGAUGUUUUCCUUUGUAUUUGAACUUACAUUAUUAUGAUUAUUACUGUAUUUUGGAUCAUUAAGUAAUACGUAGUAGUUGUGAAAGUUUAUUUUCAACUUCCUCUCAUUUGUUAGUUCUGUAAAGUAAUGACUCCGAUCCUAUUUCAUAAUAAUGCUUCACCCAUUGCAUU